AAAAAAUAUCCAAUGUUAAGCGAACCAUUUGAUUAUACAAGUGAUUUAAAAUUUUCUUUAUUAAACCCAAGUUCUUUUUGGGAUCAAGUUUCAAAUAAAUAUAAUGUUAAAUGGGAUAAAAAAUAUGAGAGUGUUUUAAACUUUAAUAAUUGUACAAAAAAACAUGAAUGGUUUAAUGGUGGAUUAAUAAAUGCAUGUUACAAUUCAAUAGAUAAAAAUAUUUUUGAAAGAGAUAAAAAGGAUCAAGUAGCAUUUGUUCAUGAAAUACCAAUUAAAAAGAUCAAAUAUGAAAUUACCUACCAACAAAUAUAUGAAAAAGUUACUUUAGUUUCAAGAGUUUUAAAAAAUUUAGGUAUAAAGAAAGGUGAUUUUGUUAUGGUUUAUAUGCAUAAUUCAUUUGAAACAAUAGCUUCAAUGUUAGCAUGUGCAAGAAUUGGCGCCAUUCACAAUGUUAUUUAUAGUGGUACAUUGGUUGAUACACUUUUGGUUAAUAUAGAAGAUUGCAAACCAAAAUUAAUUUUAACAUCAACAUUUUGUUUUUUAAUGGACGAAACACCAUACUACUACUUACCAAUAUUAAAAUCAGCUUUGGAUAGAUCAAAAUAUAAACCACUAAAUGUAAUAAUUUUUAAUAGAAAAGAUAUUACCGACAUUGUACCUAUAGAUAUAGAAAUUGACAAUUCUUUAGAUUGGGACGAGUUGGUAAAUAAUAGUAAUCCAUUAUUAGAGUAUGAACCAGUAGAAGCUGAUCAUCCUCUUUAUUUAAUUUAUACAAGUGGUACUACAAAUAAACCAAAGGGGAUAUUAAGAGAAACUGGAGGCCAUACCGUUGCAUUGAAUUAUAUAACAAGAGUUUAUUAUGGUUUAGAUGAUGGGGAUACUUUUUUCACCGGUUCAAAUAUUGGUUGGAUAUGUUCACACACCUAUUUAGUUUAUGGAUGUUUAAUGGUUGGUUGUAAAUCAGUAUUUUUAGAAGGUCCAUAUAAUAAUUUAUCAAAUGAUAUGUGGGGUAUUAUACAAAGAAAUAAAGUUAAUGCAUUUUUAAUUACUCCAUCUACUGCAAGAAAGUUAAGAAAAAUUGACCCCAAAGGUAACUCAACUAAAAACUUUAAUUUAACUUCAUUAAGUCAUAUUUCAAUUGGAUCGGAAAGAGUUGAUAAAUCUAUUCAUUGCUAUCUGUCAAAGUUAUUUAAUCAAAAAGUUAUAAUAGAAUAUUGGCAAACUGAAUCAGGAUAUCAAAUGAUCUUUAAUCAUCACCAAAUUAAAAUGAAGGAUAAUUCACUUGGUAAAGCAGUACCUGGAUAUCAAUUAAGAGUUGUAUCAAUGGAUCCAAAUAAUACAUCAGCGGUAAAAGAACUUGAGCCAUAUGAAAUUGGGGAGCUUGUCAUUAAAUUGCCUGUACCACCAUGUUGUGUGAGAAGUUUAUUAAACGAUGAGGAUUCAAAGUUAUAUAAUCAUCGUUAUAUAAAAUAUGAUGGGUAUUUUGCUACUGGUGAUUUAGUUUAUUACGAUAAUGAGGGAUACUAUUAUUUUGUAUCAAGAGUGGAUGACUCUAUUCAUGUCGGCUGUGAUAUAAUAAAUUGUAGUAUAGUAGAAGGUGAAAUAUCAAAUAAUUCAAAUAUUAACGAUUGUGCAGUUAUUGGAAUAAAAGAUGAAGUUUUAACAGAGAUUCCUCUAGUUUUAUUGGUAUUAAAAAAUGAUGAAAUAAAUAAUGGCCAAAUAGAACAAAUUAAAAAUCAAAUUUUAACCUAUAUUCUAAAUAUUAUCCAAAUCGGUGUUAGAUUUGAACCAAUCAUACUCAUAGUAAAUAGUUUACCAAAAAAUAGAAAUGGAAAAAGUCUAAAGUCAUUAAUUAGAUCAAUUUUCAAUGGUGAAAAGCACUCAAUUCCAUCAAAUAUAGAUAAUAUCAAUAUC